AUGAUUUUACCUCUCUUUUUUACUAACGCACAUGGACAAACCGGUACUCAUAAAGUGCUGGAAUUCAGGUAUAUUCCAGCCGUGUUGGAGGUGCAAAAAGAAAAUAAUGAUCAUCUUCAAAUAAAUAUUUUGAAUAAUGAAAUAUUAUUGGACUCAAUAGACUGCUAUGAUACAACAAAUGAAGAAACAAUCCUUAUACCACCGUCAAUGGGUAUGCAAUGUCCCAAAAGCCUAGUUUGUUAUUCUGAUAGUGACAUAUCUUCAACCGAAAUUCAAGAAAGUACACAGGUUCUUGCUGAGAAGGCAGCGAACAAAAAGGAAAUAUAUAAUUAUAUUGAGCAAUCUUUAAGCGCAUCAACUAGUUACGAAUUAAUGGGCGCAGGACAUCAAUCAGAGAAUCUUCAUUCAAGGCAGAUAGCAAAAGUGCAAAAUUACGCCAUUUCUCCCCUGUAUACCGACGAAAGUGAUGUACACCUGAGUGAUACAGAUCCACCUUUCACUAUUGUUGAAAACCAAAGACAUAAAAAUUAUUUUUUUGGCCAAUCGGACUCGUCAUAA